AUGUCUACACCUAACGAACCCACCGCGUUGAUCCUCGACCUGCCACCGGAGCUCUUCCUUCACAUUUUCAACUUCCUCUACGAUGAUUGGUUUCUUGACAACCUCCUCAGCCCAUCUGGCCUACGUCAUCUAGCUUAUCGGCACGAGCUGCCGGAUACGCCGUGGAAGCAAUUGGCUCUUGUCUGCAAACAUCUACGCGCGCUCGUACUCAGUCACCGCGCCUUCGUCACCACACUUCAUCCCGCCAAGACGGCCCGUGCUCUGGAGCAGCGCAUCGCAAAUGCACCGAUCCACAUCUUGCAUACCGACAUUUGGGCCUGGGCCGUCAACCAGACCGCCGAACCUGGACAUGCGCAAGACGUGACUGGCGCCACCGAGCGCGCGCUCAGCGAGCUUGAUCAAGCUAGGACCUUCAGACUGGACUCGGAGAUCAUGUCGGCGGAUCAACUGAAGUUGGACCUCCUUCAACGAGCAUUCCAGGCGUUGUCUACGACACGCGCGGCCAACCUUCAGGAGAUGGUUCUCCGGUCUACCCGAGCGCCCGACGUUGCCGAGGCAGUAGUGCUUGCAAGCGCCGCUCAAUUGUGGGGAGCCGGCCCGGACUCGUUUCCUCAGCUGGAGCGCAUCGAGUUGCACAAUAUCCCGUACACCUCGCACUCGUCAACCUUCCCUCCGCCUUGCCUCACAUCCCUCGAGCUGUCGGCGUGCGCUAUCCCCACGGGGAUUGACGGUCUCAUCUAUAUCCUCAACCGCCUCCCUCGACUGCGCACGCUCGAUCUAUCGCGCCUCUCGCAAUUCUCGCCAUCCAUUGCCUUCGAGAAACGCGGAUUGCGAAGCGUCCCUUUGCCGAUGUUGCAGCGCCUACGUCUACAAGACUUCAUCCCCGCAAUCGAGAACAUCCUGUAUCACCUGGACUUCCCGAUCACCACCAAAGUCAAGUUCGUCAGCAUCCCCAGCAUGGGCAAUGAACAGGUCGACGGCACGGAGUUGUUGUUUGGUAACAUUGCCCGGGAUAUACACUCGAGAUGGGGUGGUGCGAUCGUGGUGGAUACUGUCGAGCUGUCCGUUCGACGCCACUGGCCCCAGAUCAAGAUGGACGUCAAGGUGGCCGGACAGAAGAAGCUGAGCGUGGACUUCGAUUGGUCGGACGGCAGGUGUGACGGGAUGGGCGUCUUUAUCUCCGAGCUUGGCGUACUCCGGAGCACUAGCAACUUGACCAUCGGUCCUGCGAUGAGCAAUGGACUGACGUUCCAGGGCUACGACCGCGCCCCCCAGAUACGCCGAGUACUUCAAUGCUUCCCGAACGUCGUCGUGCUCAAAGUGCAGGGGAACAUCGCUCACCUGAUAUGCGACAAUCUCCAGCCGACAUGCGACCAUCCCCAAGAGCCGGUGUACAACCUCAUGCCUAGCAUGCGGGAGCUUACCAUCAGCGACAUCACUGCCUACGACGAGCUCACGGCGUGCUACUGCUGGCAACGGGAAGGGCUCAAGCUCACGUUCAUUGCAUGCCCAGGUCUAGUGAACGUUCCUUGGCAGAUCCUCAUUGGCGUGGUAAGAGGACAAAUCGACGUGGACUUUAGCAAAGUUGAGGAGCAGUCUGAGUUGCAAGCCACCAUCGAAGGACUCACGGAGGAAGAACAACCUCACGACGAGGACGACGAUUGGGCACCGGACGGUAAUAACUCGGGUUAUGAGAUGGAGGAUUACGAGAUGGAGGAUGACGAGAUGGAGGACGACGAGAUGGAGGAUGAUGGAAUGGAAGAUGCUUGA